UAAGACUCAUACGGAAACGCCUCGCCGUCGGAUACCAGAAGCCUCAUUGCCGGACACAUACUCGUUUAACAUGGUCCUGCAUACGGUACUGGAGCCGGAUCGUGCCAGAGUUAAUGCAGCGAGCAGCGAGAGACCCGGUAUAAGCAGUGGUACUGCACAUCGUUCAACAUCACCGCUAAAUCAUAUAUAGAAGGCCUAAGGAACACUCGCCUUAAAAGCCAGCCCACUCAGUAUCCUCAAUCUUACAAACAUUUAAUUCUCAUCUUGCGCUCGUUUAUUUACUACCAAUCAAAAUGCAAUUCACCACUCUCACUCUCAUUGCGGCAGCCUCAGCCGCAGCAGCCUCGCCCACUGGCCUCAACGACCGCGCGGCCAUGAGUGGCUGUGACCAGGGCUACUGUCCCGACCACAACGCGCCUUUGGACUUCUUCAGCUCCAUCGGCUCUAAUGGCCAGUACGAGACUCACGUCCGUGUCCAUGAUACCUACGGCUGCCAUAGCGGCCUUGCCCUUGCCACGUCCGAGAACUGCUCGAUCACCGUCAUUGACGGCAAAUACAACGAGGUCUGCAUGGACAAGACCUAUAUGCGUGGACAUGUUUUUCAAAAUGACACUGGUAUCAAGACCUGCUAUGACCUUGGCACGGAGGACCUUCCAAGGUGCCGUACCAGCUUGCUGUGGUUGGAAAAGGUCAUUCCCUGCGAGUAA